UAAACAAGCUACUGGAGCGAAUAACCUCACAAAAAUGACGAAGGCGAGGAUUGCAGGAAGAAGCGUCCAUUUAUGAAUUGUGCGAUCAACAAUCGGAAAUGGCGACGCAUUAGGGUAUUCUUAUACUUUGUCUAUUCUCAAUUCUCCGGUUCUCCACUUCUAAACCAAGGAUGAGUAAACCGGUAGAUAUCGCCGCAACUGCCACGCCUCAGUCGCAGCAGCCACCAUUGGCCACCCAAGUCCAAGCACAAACAGUAAACGAUUCGCUGCAGAAUGACUCAAUUGCCAAUCUCCGCCAAAUCUCCGGUGCUCUUUUGGCGGUCCAUCGCUGUCUCACUGAGCUACAGCAACACGUUGAUUCCAUCCGGACCUCAAUCGACUCUAUGCUACCCCAACAUACAACUAAUACCACUCCUUUAACCACGUCAUCACCACAAGCAGCGGCUUCUUCAGCCCGAGCCCCAGCCCCAGCCCCAGCCGCAGACACAACAUCAACCCCAGUCCCAGUCCCUGAAUCAUCUUGGGAAUCCGACCCAUCUGAAGAAGAAGAAGAAGAGGAAGAAGUGAGAUCCUCUCCUCGUUCAGAGCUGAUGUCCACUCAUCGUUCAGAGCUGGAAACCCUCUGCGAAAAAGAAAAAGACAAAGAAGAAGAGGGGGAAGAGGAAGAUGUGAGAUCCCCUCCUCGUUCAGAGCUGAUAUCCACUCAUUGUUCAGAGCUGGAGAGCCUCUGCUAUAAAGAAGUGAAAGUAGAAGACAAAGAAGAGGAAGACGUGAGAUGCCCUCUUCGUUCAGAACUGAGGAGCCUCUGCGAUAAAGAAGUGAUAGAAGAAGACAAAGAAGAGGGAGACCUGAGAUGCUCUCCUCGUUCAGAGCUGGAGAGCCUCUGCGAUAAAGAAGUGAUAGAGGAAGACAAAGAAGAGGAAGACGUGAGAUGCCCUCCUCGUUCAGAGCUGAUAUCCACUCUUCGUUCAGAGCUGGGGAGCCUCUGCGAAAAAGAAGUGAAAGAAGAAGAUAAAGAAGAGGAAGACGUGAGAUUUCCUCCUCGUUCAGAGCUGAUAUCUACUCCUCGUUCAGAGCUGGAGAGCCUCUGCGAAAUGAUGGAUGGUCGCGGUCUGCGGAGGUACAUGGUAAUGCAUCUCUCUGAUAUAAAAGGACUGCUUGAGCAAGUCCCUAAGGCAUUGAGACUCUCCAGCAAUCCAGCAAGGCUUGUAUUGGAAUGUGUUGGCAAGUUUUAUACUCAAAAGGGCAAGUCGUUUGUUAAGGGCUCGCAAAUGGUCCAGGCAAGGAAGGCUUCUGUAUUGGUUUUGCAGUGCUUCUUGUUGAUGGGAAUCAGCGACGAGAUUGAGAUAGGGGUGAAGCAAGAGGCGGAGCAGGCAGCUUUAGCAUGGAGAAAGAGGUUAAUUGCCGAAGCAGGCAUACUUAAGGCUAUGGAAAUUGAUGCCCGGGGUUUGUUGAUGCUUGUUGGGUGUUUCGGAAUUCCAGGAAGAUUUAAAAAUGAGGAUAUCAGGGAUUUGAUUUGGGUAAUUUUCCUCGGGCAGGGGAGAAUUUGCAAAGUUUUAUGUUCUGAUAGCCUCAGGAGAUCAAAUGUCCUAAUGGCGAAGAUUCCAGAUAUAAUAGAGGAGAUGGCAAAGCAAAAGAUGGAAGUUGAUGCUGCUCAUAUUGCCUAUACCUUUGGAAUUGAGGACAGAGUUAACCCUAAGAGAUUUUUGACAUCAUUUUUACUAGAGUCUGAAGAGUCAUUGAAGAAAAUGGUGGAACAAUCACAAGGUUCACUGGCUGCUGUGGAUCAAGCAAAAAGGAGGCACUUGUUUGAUCUGAGAUCUGUCAUCAAAUGUUUGGAACUUCAUGAUAUUGAUCCUUCAGAACUUCUUCCCGGGUGGCAAAUCAAUGAGAAAAUAAUGAGCUUGGAGACAGAAAUUACCGUAGGUGAGAACCUUAACAAAAAAAAAAUUGCCAGAGGUGCGAAGAUGGCACAAAAGAGAAAAAUUGAUGAAACUGAGUCGUCUAGAAAGUUCAGCAACAAAGAACCGAAGCACUCACAUGUUCCAAAUCCAUGGCUACAACAGGAAAGAGUUUAUAGUACACCCGGGCAAAUAGGGAGUCAUACUGGUCAGCUAUAUGGAUGGCUUGGCAAUGCAGCAGUGUAUGACAGACCGGCCUCCUGCAGCUAUGCUCAUCCUUUGUCCUACUUGUACUGGCCGAGAUAGUUUUACCUUGGGCAGUCAUUACUUUCCACCUUAGUUUCUAUUUUUGUAGUAUAGCCAGCCUAGUAGUGAUUUCACUAAGGUCUCUUAAGACGUACAUAGUCUCAGAAAUGUUUACGUUUCAUUAGCUACUGAGAAAACUAUGGCCAAGAUUCAGGGCUUAGAUAGUAAGGUCUCAAACUCUACCUAGCAAAAUUCAUUUGUCUGGAAAGACUUAAAAUUACAUUAUUAAUUUGAGGCAUGAUUUUACCCUCCUCUCUAUUA